AUGAAAAGCAGGGAGUGGACUUGGGGGGUUUGUCCAGCGCCUUAACUUUCACUCUUGUUCUCGCUCCAGGGUUAACCUUUCCGUUAAUUUACUUCCAAUACCAUCAGGAAACACACAAUGCUUUUCUGUGAAGUGAUUUUUGUUUUGUCUUUGAUGACAUUUCUACUCGACUUCCACGCGUCGGGCUGUGUUUUCAACUGUAAAGAUAAACCUGUGUUCACUCCAUCCCGGCUUGUGGUCAAGUAUGGUGACCCAGCGUCUGUGAUCUGCACAUGUCAGCAAGAAUGCCUCAACGAAAUAUUUAACAUAGAGCAUUCUGUGGGAAAGGUAACAAUAAACAGAACCACAAUUUCCUGGAAUAUUGAUAACUUCACUGACUGGACAGCUCGUCUCCAGUGCUAUUACAAUAAGGCUGCUGAGAAUGUUUCUGAUCCUGAUGUCCAGUGCUGUACCGUCCUGCCCCUAACCGUAUACAAGCCCCCAGAUAAGGUGUCCAUCAGCUUUGCUAACCACACCGGGCCAUUGAUAGAGGCUCAUCCGUACACUCUGCAGUGUACAGUACAUAAUGUUGCUCCUGUUGAAAAAGUCAAGGCAAUCUUCUACAGAGGACAUUCAGUUGUUGGUCAAGUACAGGUUAACAACAGUUAUGGGGGAAAACCAAUGACUCAUUCCUAUACUUUGGACGUCAUCCCCCAUAAAGGUGAAGAUGGUGCUGCGUAUUGGUGUGCAGCAGAGCUUGUCCUGGGACCUGAAGGACCACAGCCCCCUCCAGUGGUGAUAUCUCAAAACAUGACUACCACUGUAUACUAUGCGCCUAAGCUACAGGUGCCAAAACAUCCAGGGUUGAUCACCAUCAAUGAAGGAAACCAGCUAAAACUGGAUUGCUCGUCUGAUGGAAAGCCGAGUCCCUCAUACAAGUGGACGCUUCCAUCGGGUAGCCUUCACCGGAGCAGCAUCCUCACUUUCGAAUCUGCAGCUGCUGAACAUGAGGGCAAGUACACCUGUACUGUCAGCAACGGCUAUUGGAACUUCACUGAGGAGUUUCAUGUGAAAGUCCAUGGUGAGAACGUGACAGCAGAAGGGAUCAUUGCAUAGAUCACGUUCACACAGUAGCCAUUUUCUUCUGACAUCCUGCUCAGAUUGGUUAAUGCUGCAUCAUGGACGACUGGCAUAAAUGGUCUAGCAGGGCUAAACUCUAACAUACAAAUCAAGUCAUAUCUCUAAAUGGGCUCAUUGUGUUACAGUCCUUGCACUCUAUUUUCUUCCUUAGUCUAAAUGUGUGACAGGUGUCUUGGCAUGCCCCUUUGAUUUGCUGAUCAUUAAUGACAAAUUAAUUCUGCCUACAAGCCAUCGACUUCUGACCAAUGUCACAACUGUAGUGUUAGACUGUAGAGAUGAUAAAAAAAUCAUUUAUCUUCUCUUAACUUCACAAUCUAUUUUACUGAACACUGUGAAGUCUAAUACAUUCAAUAGUUACAAUUAUCAAGAUGCUAAUUCUGUUAGCAUGUUAAUAACAAUUUCCAUUAUGUUUAAGAAUCAAUCAAACAAACUAAGGUGUACAUCCCUUUCCAUCUGCCAGAAAGAUCCACCACCCUGGGAAAAAUGCACCAGCUGUCAGUUGUCGUUAUAUUGACUUAUUGCUGGGUUCCAGGUUUCUGAUUGAAUAGAUGUUAGAAAUCUAAGAAAGCCUCAUCAUUUCCCUACUUCCAAACCAAAAACCUGUUUUUGUUGAAUAAUGUUUUAUCCCCCC